AAGUAACGCAUAUUUAUGAAGAUAUCGUUGGUUUGUUUACAGUUACUGUACGUGGGCAUGAUCGCGUGCGUUUGCGUGGCGUACGCUGCCGCGCUGCCGUAUCCGGCAGAGGAGAUAGAGGCCAACGAGGCCAAGCCUGACACGGAGACUGAGAGCCUAGUCCCCGCUGAGUCGCGGUGGAGAGGUCGAGGUUGGGGCGGCGGCUGGGGUGGUGGACGCGGCUGGGGCGGCGGGAGAGGCUGGGGCCAUAGGGGCUACGGUCACGGCGGCGGUUACGGCGGCGGUUACGGCGGCGGUUACGGAGGUGGUUACGGAGGAGGUUUCGGCGUCGGUUUCGGAGGUGGUUACGGAGGCGGUUACGGAGGCGGAUACGGUGGAGGCUGGGGACGGUGAUACGUUCAUGUUCGGCAUAGUGUUUUAAAUGAACUUCUGUGAUGAUUUUAUAAUAAAAUUGUAGUUUAAUUA